AUGGCGGAGCUGCAGAUGCUGCUGGACGAAGAAAUUCCGGCAGGACGGAGAGCCCUGCUGGACAGCUUCACAAACCUAGAAAGAGUCGCCGAGUACUGCGAAAGUAACUAUGUGCAGUCUCAGGAUAAGCAGCGUGCGUUGGAGGAGACUAAGAGCUAUACGACCCAGUCGCUGGCCAGUGUUGCCUACCUCAUCAACACACUCGCCAACAAUGUGCUGCAGAUGCUGGAUAUCCAGGCCUCCCAGCUACGACGCAUGGAGUCAUCUGUCAACCACAUAUCACAGACGGUGGACAUCCACAAGGAGAAGGUUGCGAGGCGGGAGAUUGGCGUCCUGACGACCAAUAAGAACACCUCCCGCACGCAUAAGAUCAUCGCUCCGUCCAACCAGGAGCGCCCUGUGCGCUACAUCCGCAAGCCCAUCGACUACAGCUCAUUGGACGACAUCGGCCACGGGGUCAAGUGGUUGCUUAGGCACAAGGUCAAUUCCCAGAACAUGAAGAUGGGGGCAGUGACUCGCACCAACCCCCCCACACAGAAGCCACCCAGCCCCCCUCUCGCUGGCAAGGGAACACUGGGACGCCACUCCCCCUACCGCACCCUUGAACCAGUGCGCCCCCCUGUGGUCCCAAAUGACUAUGUCUCGAGUCCCACCCGCGCCGCCACCCUGGGCCACCCCGUUGCCCCCCAGCACAGCCCCGCCGCCCGCACUGCCUCCCUCAACCACCGGAGCCGCACCUACAGCAGCGGCAGCAGUGGAGGCAGUCAUCCCAGCAGCCGCAGCAGCAGUCGUGAGAACAGUGGGAGCGGCAGCGUGGGCGUGCCCAUUGCUGUGCCAACGCCCUCACCACCCAGCGCUUUCCCAGCUGCAGCAGGCUCCUCCUCCUCUCCUUCGCCCAGCUCCACGGCUCCCCGCUCCUCCUCCCCCGCCUCCUCCACGGCCUCCAACUCCAAAACGCCCACCCCUUCCUCUGAUGCCCCCCACUCUAAAACCCCCACCCCCUCCUCUGAUGCCCCCCACUCUAAAACCCCCACCCCGUCCUCCUCAGAGCCCCCGCCCUCCUCCACUCCUCCUGCUGAUGCUCUUGCUAGCGAUAGUGCUGCGGAAGGCAUCACUCCUCAGUUCUACAGCAUGAACCGGCCAGUGCCCAGGCAAACAGCUCCCCCUGUGGGCGGCUCACUGCCUUACAGACGUCCCUCCUCAGUCACAGCACAGCCCUUCGCACCCCUCAACCAGCACAACGGGGGACCCUACUAUGCACAGAGCCCCAGGCCGGUGGGUUCCCCUCCUCCCCCCUCCAUCCUCCAGAUCACACCCCAGCUCCCCCUCACCGGCUUUGUGGCUCGCAUGCAGGAGAACAUCUCGGACGGCCCCCCUCCCCCUCCCCCAGCAGAUGAGCCGUUGAAGAGCCCACCGGCACCCUUCAAGGAUACCCAGCAGACACAGCAGCCACAGGAGACACCACAACAGCAGGAUGAAGAGGAUGAUGAUGAUGAUGAAGAUGAACAGGAGGAGGUGGAGGUGGCGGCUGUAGUGGAGUACAGUGAUCCCUACGCAGAGGAAGACCCUCCAUGGGCACCCAGAACAUACGUGGAGAAAGUGGUGGCCAUCUAUGACUAUGCUCGUGAUAAGGAGGAUGAGCUUUCCUUCCAGGAGGGGGCGAUCAUCUACGUGAUAAAGAAGAACGAUGACGGCUGGUUUGAGGGCGUGAUGGGCGGGACCACCGGCCUGUUCCCCGGCAACUACGUGGAGUCCAUCAUGCACUACAACGACUGAUUGGCCAGACCAGCCAUCAGUCACGGAACGCCGGCUCCGUUCGACCACUUGCCUGCCAAUCGAAGGCCAUGGUCCCGCCCUCAAACCACAUCUGUCAAUCACAGCUCACAGCCUGCACCCCGAGCCCUCC